ACAUCCCACACGCAUUACAAACCCCAAUUCCUCUUCUCAAUCAAACGUGAAAGAAAUAUUAAAAGAGAAGGAAAGAUCAAGUACACGCAAACAAAAUCUCAUCUACGACAACAAAACAAGACCAAACGACAAACGACAAACAUGGCCACCCCACCACCAACCUACCCCCGCCCAGACUUCCACCGCUUCCCCCAGCUAACCUGGCACUCCCUCAACGGACCCUGGUCUUUCCUCUUCGACGACAACGACAUCGGGCUCUCCAAAAACUGGCACCUCUCCGGUCUCCCUUCCUCCGUAACCGUGGACCCAAAUCUCACCGCGUCAUCCGCAGAGGACAACGCAAAGGAAGCCGCGAGCAUCACUGCCAAGAUCGCGGGUGAUACCCAGGCCGUCUUCACGGGCGAAGCGUUCCAGCGCUCGAAAAAGGACGUCACGCAUCAUAAGCGCGACAUCGAGGUUCCGUAUGUGUGGCAGUGUUCUGCGAGUGGCAUAGAAGAGUUGGGUGUUCACGAGGUGUUUUGGUAUGAGCGGAGUUUUCGCGAUGUGCGCGGGGAUGCAGAGCGUAAAGAAGGGAAAAGAGUCGUCAUGAGGUUCGGGGCUGUCGAUUACGAGGCCAGUGUCUAUGUUAACGGGCAGUUUGUGGGUGCGCAUCGCGGUGGGCAUGUUCCAUUUGAUAUCGAUGUUACGGAUGCGUUGAGGGCGGAGGAGAAUCGGGUUACGAUUAGGGUGUUUGAUUCUGCGCAUGAUUUAGAGGAACCUCGCGGGAAACAGUACUGGCAUAGCCAGCCUGAGUCUAUAUUCUAUACGCCGAGUGGAGGGAUUUGGCAAAGUGUUUGGUUGGAGGUUGUUCCUGCUGCGAGGAUUGGGGAUGCGUCGGCUGGAACUGUGAUUCAGAGUACUGAUAUUGAAGGCGGCAAGUUGAAAGGGAGUGUCAAGAUUCUGGGACGGCAGAAGGGCUGGAAGUACAGUGUAGAAGUGGAGGCCAGACUCGGCGGUGUUCUGGUCAGUUCAACGGGGAAGAUAGACGCUCCAGGAGAGGUAGACACGGUUUCCUUCACUACCAACACACGCCUCUCGUCGGACCAGACCGCUCAACUCUCCAAGGAAGUGCUCGAAAAAGCGCCUCUAGAUUCAUCAUCAGGCUGGCUCGACAACGUCGCUCUCUGGUCCCCAGAACAUCCGACCCUCUACGACCUUACAAUUCGCCUCUACGACAGCAAAGGCGCCGCAAUCGACAGUAUCUCCACCACAGCCGGCAUGCGCUCGCUCUCUUGGACGAACUCGCAGUUCCGCCUCAACAACAAACCCUACUUCCAAGCCCUCUUCCUCGACCAAGGCUACUGGCCCAAGACCUUCAUGACCCCUCCCACCCCAACAGCCCUCGCAGAGGACAUCCAGCUCGCCAAAGCCAUGGGCUUCAACGGAUGCCGCAAGCACCAAAAAGUCGAAGACCCCAUCUUCCACUACGAAGCCGACCGCCUCGGUUUCCUCGUCUGGGGCGAAAUGGCAAACGCGUACAAAUUCUCAGACACGUACAUGUCGCGCUUCGACGCUGAGUGGACCGAAGCGGUGCUGCGCGACCGCAACCACGCGUGCGUCGUGGCGUGGACACCCGUCAACGAGUCGUGGGCGUAUACGGAUCUCGCGGGCAGCGCUCACCAGCGCGAUCAUAUCCGCGCGCUGUACUAUCUCACCAAGUCGCUCGACCCUACGCGUCCCAUCAACGACAACUGCGGAUGGGAGCAUGUCCUUACCGACUUGACUACCUUCCACGACUACAGCGACGCCGACGAGCUAUCUAAAACGUGUAAAUCGCUGGAGGGGAUUCUAGCGCCCAAAGCCGGUCGAGGCGUUUUCUUGCCAUCCAUCCCAUCUGCGUUUGCGCCCGAGGACCCAGGGAGCUCGCAUAAACCUGGCGCACCUAUCCUAUGCACCGAGUUCGGCGGCGUGAACGUAGCACGCGUGAGCAAAGACGAAGCCGGGAAAGAGCAGCGUGAUUGGGGCUACACGACGGCGAGCGACGGCGCGGAUUUGCUGAAGCGUAUUGAAAAGAUGAUGGUUGGGAUCGUGGAGAGUGGUUUGAUUUGCGGGUUUGUGUAUACGCAGUUGACGGAUAUCGAGCAAGAGACGAACGGCUUGUACACACCCGAUAGAGAGGAGAAGCUGGAUUCGAGGGAGGUGAAAAAGAUUGUAGAGAAGGUGGUGAAGAUAUACGAUGGAUUGCAAAAGUAA